UGGCCUCCUUCUAGGAACCCCCACGGCAGCAGCCGGUCCUGUCCUACCUAGGCUCUGCCCUCCUUCUCUCCUGCUGCUGACCAAGCCUAUUAAGCUGCUAUCCUGGCCACAACUGAAGGCCCCACGCCCUGGGGAGGAAACCACUGAACAGGCGUCCAUGCUCUCCUGCACCCCAAACCAUCAAUUAGUAUUAACAAGUGAAGGCUUCUCACUGCCUAAAGACCCCCAUCAGAACUCAGAAGGAGCGGAAGCUCCACCCCCAUGACUCAGGGGGUUAAAGGACCUGGGGCCGGCCGGUGAGCCCAGAGCGUUCAGAUGGCGUGUGGCAGCGGGAAGGUCACCAUCCAGCUGGUAGAUGAAGAGGCAGGACCUGGAUCCUGGGACCCGAAGCCUUUUAGAGGCCAGAGCUACGAGGCAAUCCGAGCAGCCUGCCUGGACGAGGGGAUCCUGUUUCGUGAUCCCUACUUCCCUGCUGGCCCUGAUGCCCUUGGCUAUGACCAGCUAGGGCCAGACUCAGAGAAGGCCAAAGGGGUGAAAUGGAUGAGGCCCCAUGAAUUCUGUGCCGAGCCCCAGUUCAUCUGUGAGGAUAUGAGCCGGACAGACGUGUGUCAGGGGAGUCUGGGUAACUGCUGGUUUCUUGCGGCGGCCGCUUCCCUCACUCUGUACCCCCGGCUCCUGUGCCGGGUGGUGCCCCCUGGGCAGGGUUUCCAAGACGGCUACGCUGGCAUCUUCCACUUCCAGCUCUGGCAGUUCGGCCACUGGGUGGACGUCGUGGUGGACGACAAGCUACCUGUGCGUGAGGGGAAGCUGAUGUUCCUGCGCUCAGAACAGCGGAAUGAGUUCUGGGCCCCGCUUCUGGAGAAGGCCUACGCCAAGCUCCAUGGCUCCUAUGAGGCGAUGCGAGGAGGCCACAUGAAUGAGGCUUUCGUGGACUUCACAGGUGGCGUGGGCGAGGUGCUCUACCUGAGGCAAGACAUUCCAGGCCUCUUCUUGGUUUUGCGCCACGCCCUGGCCAAGGAGUCCCUCGUGGGUGCCACUGCCCUGAGCGAUCGGGGUGAGUACCGUACAGAGGACGGGCUGGUGAGGGGCCAUGCAUAUUCCGUCACAGGCACGCACAAGGUGUCACUGGGCUUCACCAAGGUGCGGCUGCUGCGGCUGCGGAACCCAUGGGGCCGCGUGGAGUGGACUGGGGCCUGGAGUGACAGCUGCCCACGCUGGGACAUGCUCCCCGCCGAGUGGCGAGACGCGCUGCUGGUAAAGAAGGAGGAUGGAGAGUUCUGGAUGGAGCUGCAGGACUUCCUCCAGCAGUUUAACACCGUCCAGAUCUGCUCGCUGAGCCCCGAGGUGCUGGGCCCCAGCCCGGCGGGAGGGGGCUGGCACAUCCACAUCUUCCAAGGACGCUGGGUGCGAGGCUUCAACUCUGGCGGGGGCCAGCCUGCUGCCGAAACCUUCUGGACCAACCCCCAGUUCCGGCUGACACUGCUGGAGCCUGAUGAGGAGGAGCAGGAUGACGAGGGGCCCUGGGAGCGCUGGGGCCCUGCCAGAGGGGGCCGAGUCCCCAAGUGCACCGUCCUCCUGUCACUCAUCCAGCGCAAUCGGCGGAGCCUGUGGGCCCAGGGCCUCACAUACCUCACUGUGGGCUUCCACGUGUUCCAGAUCCCCGAGCAGUUGCUGGGCCUCUGGGACUCCCCGCACAGUCGCGAGCACCUGCGCGGCCUGUUGUGCGCCGAGCGCUCGCGCUUCUGCGCCCGUCGCGACGUGAGCCGCCGCUGCCGCUUGUGCCCCGGCCACUACCUCGUGGUGCCCAGCACCGCCCGUGCCGGCGACGAGGCCGACUUCACACUGCGCGUCUUCUCCGAGCGCCGCCACACCGCCGUGGAGAUCGAUGACGUGAUCAGCGCCGAUCUGCACGCUCUCACGGCCCCCAACAUUCCUCUGGAGCUGGGGUUGGAGCAGUUAUUUCAGGAGCUGGCAGGAGAGGAGGAAGAGCUCAGUGCCCCUCAGCUCCAGACCUUACUAAGCAUCGCCCUGGAGCCUGCCAGGGCCCACACCUGGAUUCCCAGAGAGAUUGGGCUUCGGACCUGUGAGCAGCUGCUGCAGUGUUUCGGGCACGGGGGCAGCCUGGCCCUGCACCACCUCCAGGAGCUCUGGGGACAUCUCCGAAAGUGGCAGGCCAUAUUUGACAAGUUUGACCAGGACGCCUCUGGAACCAUGAACUCCCAUGAGCUGAGGCUGGCGCUGAAUGCUGCAGGUUUCCACCUCAACAACCAGCUGACCCAGGCCCUCACCAGCCGCUACCGGGACAGCCGCCUGCGUGUGGACUUUGAGCGCUUUGUGUCCUGCGUGGCUCAGCUGACCUGCAUCUUCCGCCACUGCAGCAGGCACCUGGACGGGGGCGAGGGGGUCGUGUGCCUGACCCGCAGACAGUGGAUGGAGGUGGCCACCUUCUCCUAGGAUCUGGCACAGGAACACCUGUCGCUGGAGCUGCUGGGAGCCCCGGCCUCCCCUCUGUCAGCCUGGACCAGGCUCAUUCACCCCACAGCAGCGGGGCUCCCAGCAACACCAGCCUCCGGCCACCCUGCACCUCCCUGCCUGGUGUGGGGGCUGAUGCUGACGUUGGGAAGUGGCUCAAGAAUGGCCUUGGGAGCCGCCUGCCUGGAGUUCAUUUCUGGUCCCACCGUUCCCCGGCUGGGGGACGCUGGGCAAGUCACAGUGCGUCUGUGCUCUGCUCUCUGCCCCUGCGGGCAGGGGUGGUACAGCACCCUGCUUGGCCAGGCAACACGUGUUAGCGCUGCACACCUGGAACAGGACUGGCCCCACUGGGUCCCCCCCAGGCUCCGCCUCUUCCGAGAAGAGGUGGUCUGUCACAGCUCUGCUAGAAAGUGGAAAAUGGAGAUAGGAGAAAGAGGACACUGUAGACUCCUUAAAAAUAUUACAUGUUUUAUUAUCCUGUCCCCAGAAGGGUGGUUUAUCCAGAAACCGAGAAAAAAAA